CGUUCAUCCAAGGGUUCUUGCCAGGGUUUUUCUCACCGUCUUCAAUCCUCCGUCGCCGAGCAAUGGGGGCCGACCCUAAUGUCGAUCUCAGUUCGUUGGCCGCUCCCGUGAGCUCUCCUGUCGACAAGUUCCCCCUCCUCCCCGCUUUCUUGAAGGUUCGGGGACUGGUGAAGCAGCAUAUUGAUUCCUUUGACUACUUCAUUAACCAUGGCAUUAAAAAGAUCAUGAAGGCCAAUGAUCGCAUUGUCUGUCGUCAUGAUCCAGCCAUGUAUCUUAGGUAUACCAACAUCUAUGUUGCGCGACCUUCCAGAAUAACUGAUACUAUCAAUGAGCCUCUCACUCCCCAUGGUUGUCGCCUUUCUGAUUCCACCUAUGCUGCUGACAUUUUGGUCGACGUUGAAUAUACUAUUGGACAUGGAACAGCCAAGACCCCAAAGAAAGGAGAACUCAAAGAUGGUCCUCCUACACUUCAGAUGAGGAGGAAGGUCAUAAUUGGACGGAUGCCAAUUAUGCUCAGGAGCAGCCACUGUGUGCUGACUGGGAAGGAUGAAACUGAACUUGCAAAACUUGGUGAGUGCCCUCUUGAUCCUGGUGGCUAUUUUGUAGUGAAGGGAACUGAGAGGGUAAUUUUAAUACAAGAACAACUUUCCAAGAAUCGCAUAAUUAUUGAUAUGGACAGUAAGGGAAGAGUGACAGCAUCUGUUACGAGCAGCACACAUGAGACAAAGAGCAAGACUGUUUUCUUCAUGGAGAAAGAGAAGAUUUAUCUCCAACUUAAUCAAUUCGCAAAGCCAAUUCCCAUUUUGGUUGUCAUGAAAGCUAUGGGCAUGGAAAGUGAUCAAGAGGUUGUGCAAAUGCUUGGUAGAGAUCCUCGAUAUGGAUCUCUACUCCUUCCAUCUAUAGAGGAAUGUGCUUCUGAGAGGAUAUACACACAACAGCAAGCUUUAUCAUAUCUUGAAGGAAAGUUGACAAGUUUUAGUUCUUCAAGGGACGGUGGUAGAAGGGAAGGCAUGGCGGGGACUAUUCUUCUUGAUGUAUUUCUUGCUAAUGUUCCAGUAAUCAAUGGAAAUUUUCGACCUAAGUGCAUUUAUGCUUCAGUAAUGUUAAGGCGCAUGAUGGAUGCAAUCCUAAAUACAGACACAUUUGAUGACAAGGAUUAUGUUGGGAACAAGCGAUUGGAACUGUCUGGGCAACUUAUUUCUUUGCUUUUUGAGGAUUUAUUCAAAUCUAUGAAUUCCUGUGCUGCCGAUCUUCUGAACAAAGCAUAUGAGAAUACUAGUCAUCACUCUCACUUUCAUCUGUUUCAACCUUCAUUUAUAUUAAAGCAAGAUAUGAUAACCAACGGUUUAGAGAAAGCCAUUUCAACUGGAAAUUGGGAUUUAAAGCGUUUCAAGAUGCACCGAAAAGGUGUUUCUCAGGUUGUUUCAAGGCUGUCGUUUAUUGCAGCGUUGGGACACAUGACACGCAUAUCUCCCCAGUUUGAGAAGACCAGGAAAGUAAGUGGACCAAGAGCAUUGCAACCAAGCCAGUGGGGAAUGCUCUGUCCAUGUGACACUCCUGAAGGAGAAGCCUGUGGACUGACUAAAAAUUUAGCUUUGAUGACCCAUGUCACAACGGACGAUGAGGAGGGUCCUCUGAUAUCUCUGUGCUAUAGUUUAGGUGUUGAGGACUUGGCUCUUCUUUCUGGAGAGGAGCUCCAUGCACCAAAUUCAUUUCUUGUUAUAUUGAAUGGACUAAUACUUGGAAAACACAGGCAACCACGGAGAUUUGCUGGUGCUCUUAGAAAGUUGCGUAGGUUGGGUAAAAUUGGGGAAUUUGUUAGCGUCUUUGUGAAUGAUAAACAGCGUUGUGUUUAUGUUGCUUCUGAUGGUGGUCGAGUUUGUAGACCUCUUGUAAUUGCUGACAAGGGUGUAUCAAGGAUAAAGGAGCACCAUAUUCAAGAAUUGCGGGCGGGUGUUCGUAAUUUUGAUGAUUUUCUCCAUGAAGGACUAAUAGAAUAUCUGGAUGUUAAUGAAGAGAACAAUGCUUUGAUUGCUCUCUAUGAGGGUGAUAUCGAUAAAGAUGAUGCUGACAAUGAAAAGGAUGCUAACAAAAGCAAAAUAACACACAUAGAGAUUGAACCAUUUACGAUUUUAGGGGUUUGUGCUGGACUAAUUCCUUUUCCUCAUCACAAUCAGUCUCCUCGGAAUACAUAUCAGUGUGCUAUGGGAAAGCAGGCAAUGGGCAAUAUUGGCUAUAACCAGCUUUGCCGUGCAGACACUCUGCUUUACCUGCUUGUAUACCCACAACGUCCCUUGCUGACGACAAAGACGAUAGAGCUGGUUGGUUUUGAUAAGCUUGGAGCAGGACAAAAUGCCACUGUUGCUGUAAUGAGCUAUAGCGGUUAUGAUAUUGAAGAUGCCAUAGUCAUGAACAAGUCAUCACUUGACCGUGGAUUUGGUCGUUGUAUAGCAAUGAAAAAGUAUUCAUGUGUCAAUGAAAUCUAUAGCAAUGGGGCACGUGAUAAAAUAGUACGCCCUGAUACGGAUCCUUCUGCUAGGAAGUCAACCAUGCAGAUUUUGGAUAAUGAUGGAAUAGCUGCACCUGGUGAGAUUGUCCGCAAUCAUGAUGUUCUUGUGAACAAAUAUGCCCCAAAAAAUACAGGGGAUCGCCACCCUUCUGGAACUCCAAUUGAUUAUAGGCCUGCCAAUGCUACUUACAAAGGUCCUGAAGGGGAGACUACUGUGAUUGAUCGUGUACUCCUCAGCUCUGAUCCAAAUGGAAAACUGUGCAUCAAAUUUAUUGUUCGUCACACACGAAGGCCUGAAUUGGGUGAUAAAUUCAGCAGUCGACAUGGUCAGAAAGGUGUAUGUGGCACCAUUGUUCAGCAGGAGGAUUUUCCCUUCACUGAACGUGGCAUCUGCCCCGAUUUAAUCAUGAAUCCACAUGGAUAUCCCAGCCGAAUGACAGUAGGAAAAAUGAUAGAGCUUCUUGGUAGCAAAGCUGGAGUUUCAUGUGGAAGAUUUCAUUAUGGAAGUGCCUUUGGGGAGCCGAGUGGCCACGCAGACAAGGUGGAAGACAUAAGUGCCACCCUUGUGAAGCAUGGAUUUAGUUAUAGCGGGAAGGAUUUCCUAUAUUCUGGGAUCACAGGUUAUCCUCUUCAAGCAUAUAUAUUCAUGGGGCCUAUUUAUUACCAAAAAUUGAAGCACAUGGUUCUUGAUAAGAUGCAUGCUCGUGCUAAAGGACCUCGUGUGACACUCACCAGACAACCCACGGAAGGAAGAAGUCGUGAUGGAGGAUUACGCUUGGGAGAAAUGGAGCGUGAUUGUUUAAUAGCAUACGGUACGAGCAUGAUACUCUUCGAACGAUUGAUGUUAUCGAGUGACCCUUACCAAGUUCAGGUCUGCAGAAAAUGUGGCUUACUGGGUUACUAUAAUUACAAGCUGAAGACUGCUUUUUGUUCAAUGUGCAAAAAUGGUGAUAACAUUUCAACUAUGAAAUUACCUUAUGCCUGCAAGCUCCUGUUUCAGGAACUGCAAUCCAUGAAUGUAGUCCCACGGCUGAAACUAACUGAAGCUUGAUCAAUGCAAUAAAUAGGAAUGCUAAUCCCUUUUCCCUGAGAAAGUUCUAUUUAGUGUCAAGGUGCUUCAAACAGCAGUUAUAACCGUUGAUGGAGAAAGUAAGUAUUUAUUACUGAAGAUAACUAACAACUGAAGAUGUUGACGGAGACGACGUAAUGGUUCAUCUUGCAGUUUUUAUGGCUCGACGAGUUAAUAAAUUGCUAUUAUUUGCUGAGUUACCAUCAUGUUGAUGCGAUAAGCCAAUGUCGUUUACGUACCAACAAGAACGAGCCCUCAAGGGAUCAAAAUGUGAACCAAAGCUUGGUUAUCUAGUUUUUUGGUUCAUGAUAUGGUUAGGUCUAAUUAUUUGUUGUUGUUGUAUAUUAUUAAAAUAAAUAAUAACCCGGAGUGUUCUAAAUUUAUUUGUGUAAUAUUUUU